AUGACUACUUUAAAUAUCGAUUUAAAUUCUUACAAUGAUUGUAUCAUUGAUAAUUUCGAGAGUGAAACAUUCAACAAAUUGGUUGUAGAUCAUCAUAGAGAUGAUUUAAACGAAUCAAAUACUGUAUUGGAUGUUGCUGAAGGCAAUUUGAUAUAUUUAGCUUUGGCUGGUAGUCAAUCAUUCAAUUUGCAUAUAAAUGGGAGUGAUCAAGAUUUCAUUGGUGUCAGAGAAGCACCUAUUGAUGUUGUUUUGUCGCUAGAUGGACCAAAGGAUACAAUUCAUCAUUUGAAACCUGAUAUUUCAAUAUAUGAGUUAAGACACUAUUGCAAGUUACUUCUAAUGGGUAAUCCUAAGCAAAUAGAGGCACUCUAUACAAAAGAUAUGUGUUACAUCUCUGAGGAAUGGCAACACCUGCAGCGUAUCAAAAGAAAGUUGAUAACAUUGGUGUCGAUCGAUCACUACUAUAACACAAUCAAGGCACUUCACUAUGACUUGAAAUAUAUGUCUAAAGAGAGAUCACUGUCUUUGGAUGGAAAUGCAAAUGAAGAAUCAAAUGAAAAGAAAAGGAGAAAACAUCAAAAGAUGGUGGAAAACAAUAAGGUACAGAGUAUCAUCAAUCAAAAGAAACAAGAGGAUGCGAAUCUAGAGGUUGGAAACACAUUCCAUAAGAAAGCAUAUCACUCUAUUAGACUUUUGACAGAGGUGAAUCGUUUGUUGGAUGGAUUGGAUCCAAUCGUGAGAUUCGAAGAUUCAAGUUUAGAGAGACAACUCAUACUCACUAUCAGAAAAGAGGAGAUACCAGACAAGGAACUAAUGGAGUUGAUAGACAGUAAAUACAGUGAAUUCGAAUUUAAACGACAGAGUAUAGAUACAAGUAGUUUACCAGAGGAAGUUGAUAUCGAUUUAGUAAAUAAGUGGUUAGUUAAUAUUCGUAGGAAAGCAAUAGAUCAAGAUAAAAGCGACAGAUUCAACUUUAAUAGCAAUCAAGGUGGUCAGAGCAUAAAACAACAAGCAGAUAAUUUAUUGUUAAAGAAUGGUAUUAGAGGUCAAGUUAUUUAUGUUGGUAUCAGUGGUAGUCAUCUCUUCAAUCUCUCUACCAACUCUGAUGAAUCUCAGCUCUACGACUAUGUUGGUGUUUAUGCCGCUGACACUGAUGAUGUUGUAUCAUUAUGUCCACCACCAAUCAAGAUAGAUCAAGAGUCAGUCAGCAAAUCUAGUGAAUAUAUACCCAGGAAUCAUAAGCCUGCACCAUCACCGGUCGCUACAAAGAAAGAUAUCACAACUCGUGGAAUGAUUCUUUAUGAAGUUGGCUAUGCAAUCUCUUUAUUUAUCAAUGGAAACUAUCGAUUGUUCGAACAACUGUUUGUCGAUGAAAGAAUAACACAACGAUAUACUACCGAUGCCUGGUUGGAGUUGUUGUCAAACAAGUCAUUCUAUUCGAAUAGAACAAUGGCUCAGGCUAACUGGGGAGUAGGACAAGCCGAGUAUAUGAAAGCACGUCAACUACUUGGACUGAAAAAGAUCAUUACAAACAAGAGAGCUUUGAAGAAGUUGUCAGCAGAUGCGACAAAGUAUGAAAACGAAACUAUUGGUGAGAAAGUAACAGACAACGAUAUCAAGUUAGCAUCUCGGUGCUUAUACUACUCCUUUAGAUUGUUAUGGGUUUCGAAACAGAUAUUAAACGGUAGCAAAUCUCCAUCGUUAUAUUUUGAAAAUGAUAGUGAAGAGAGAAAUCUGUUGUUACAACUCAAAGAUGGACUGAUAAAUAGAGAGACCAUCAUGACAUCUAUUGAAAAUUGCAAGUCACUUAUGGAAGAGACAUCAGAAUCAUUGGAAAUAUUGAAAACUAUUUGCAAAUCCGAUGAAUUGGAAUCACAAACCAAGACUCUACUCAAUCCAUGGUUAAUAAAAAUAAGAAAGUCAUUAUAA